GUUUUUUUGUACACGUUCAACUUAAACCUUGCACAGCAAUUAAAUCGAUAGCUAAAGGAUGGAUCUAGAGAAGAUUCCCGAGACGGACAUGUGGUCGGUGUCGAAGAGCGCCCGUAAGCAUCGUCGCGUCGUGUUGGGCUUCGUGCCGAAGAUUGGCUUGCCCAUUGUGGACUAUGGGGAUGUGGAUAGAAUUGAUUCAUUCUAUUUGGAAUGUCAAGAUUAUCGUGACUACUAUCGCGAUCCUUACGACAAGCUGCACAAGCCCAUCAGGUUCGUAUUCCAUCAGGGCAAGUGUGGCAUCAGACUGGAUACGAGUAUCGAGCAGCUGAGGCAGCCAAUGAUCUGGGUGCCCAAGCGCCUGCCGCCAAUUAGGCCCCUCGAAUACAGGUCCUACAUGAACCUGGGCAUCGAUGCGGGGGAAAUAAUGAAGGGACGCCACAACAAGGCAAGCUGCAAUUUGUUCAAGCGAUGAAUUGUCGACACAGAAAAGAACACCCUUUUAACCUACUCGGCCCGCUGCGCUCUAUCGAUGAGUUCAUGCAGUGCAUAAAAGUUGCGUACAAGAAUUUUAAGCACUAUAUGAACAUCAGCUAUAUGUGGACAGACCAUAAAUUUUAAGGUGUGAGAACGCAACUCAAUUUCAUUGUUAAUUUUAACUGAU